GAUUUAAGCCAAAUAGUCGCAAAACAAAAGCGCGUAAAGUGAUAACGGAACGCAUAAGCCGCGAAGUAUUUGUUAGCAUAAAUUUUAAAGGCCUACCUGAAAUUACUGUAAAAUGCCGACAUGGCGUGCGCUUUUCAUUUUCGGUGCGGUUGUGCUUUGCUGUGUGGAUACUAGAACUGUCGACGCGACGCCAACAGCCAUUGCCGCCGCCGCCGCCGCUUCCGAAGAACCAGUGCGUCGACUGCGCAAAGCACACAAAAUCUGUGCUCAAGAAAUUUCUCCGCCAGCAACGGAUGAAAGCGAUAACACACAAAUAGCCGGCGCCUACUUACGCUGCAUGACCAACAGUAUGGGUCUGUGGACCGACGGCAAGGGUUACAAUGCCAAACGUGUGGCGAAAUUUUUCAGCAAGCAACGCAAUGAAAAUGAAAUUGUGGUAGUGGUCGACCAUUGUAAUCAACAACAUAAGCAGGCAGAUCUGAAUCUGUGGGCUUUUGAAGCGUAUCGUUGUGCAACAGCGGGACGUAUGGGCACUUGGUUGGGCGAGUACCUGCUAAGUGCAAAAAUAUAAUAAAAAAAAUAAAAAAAUGGCUUAAUUGAUUUUAAAAAAAAUAUUAAAAAAUUAAGUGUUUAUACG